GAGUUCAUUGUGAGGUCAUUCAUCCAAUCAGAAAAGCCGCCAUCUUAGGAAAGUAUUUCUUUCUAGGUUGUGUUUGCAAAAAAUAUUUAAUAAGCACAUUGAUAACCAUGGCGUCGGAUCCCAACUUCCAAGCUUCGAUGCAGAUGUCUGGCAUCACAGAACAAGCACAACUGAUGUUGACAGAAUUCUGGCCCAAAACACUGGAAAAUAUACAGAACCUCCAAUACAAUGACUUUAAGGGGCAAGAACUCCCCCUUGCUAGAAUAAAGAAGAUAAUGAAACUUGAUGAAGAUGUAAAGAUGAUAAGUGCAGAAGCACCAGUGCUGUUUGCCAAGGCAGCAGAGAUAUUUAUAAGUGAGCUGUCUCUGAGGGCCUGGAUUCACACUGAGGACAACAAGAGGAGGACACUACAGAGAAAUGAUAUAGCAAUGGCCAUUUCAAAGUUUGACCAGUUUGACUUCUUGAUCGACAUUGUGCCAAGAGAUGAACUUAAACCGCCAAAGAGGCCAGAGGAUUCUUCUAGAGUGUCCAAUAACCUUCCGGACCAGAUCAACUACUAUCUCCAACUAGCUCAGCAACAGUCCCAACAACAACAACAGCAGCAGCAGCAACAACAGCAGCAGCAGCAGCAACAACAACAGCAGCAACAACAACAGCAACAGCAGCAACAACAACAGCAACAACAACAACAGACUGUUGUAGCACAGCCAGCCCCUGCAACUCAACCCGCAGCACAGGUGGUGACAGCAGCAGCAGCAACAACACAAGCAGUGGCACAGCCCAAUGUUAUGGCAAUACAGCUACCAUCUGGACAGAUCAUUCAGCAGCCUCUACAGUUCCAGCAGGCUCAGCCACAGGUGAUCCAGGUGCAAGCUCCUCAACAAGUGCAGCAGGUGCAGCAAGUACAGCAACUGCAACAGAUGCAGCAGCAGCAGCAACAACAACAACAGCAGGUGCUUGUACAGCAGGCACAAACAGCAGUAGCACCAGCGCAGCAGCCGCAACAGCAGCAGCAGCCGCAGACACAAGUGUAUCAGCAGGUGCUGACACCAACGGGGGAACUACAGACUGUCCCUGUGACGUUAUCGUCUGCCCAGCUGCAGGCCAUCCAGAUGCAGCUUCAGGGGAAGCAGGGCGACCAGCCAAUCAUCAUUCAGAUGAACCAGGGCAUGCAGACGGCAGCAACAGCACAGCCACAGCAAGCUCAGCAGACAUUCACACAGCCGAUGUACCAGAUUCAGCAGGUGGGCCAGGGAGGGCAACAGAUCGUCAUACAUCAAGGAGGUGGAGACUCGGACAACCAGGCUGAUGGCCAGGAAACAUCAUAACACUCACAGCAUAGCAGCCACCCUGCUCAUCUGUGUGAUCAGUCCCACCGCCUUAGGAGCCAGCGUGAACUGUGGGACGCUAAAGCCAGGGAAACACAAGACAUUUAACUUGGGGAUGUGUUCAGAACCUGUAGCCACUAACGACCCAGAUUUUUCAACAUCCAUGACUUUGGGAUAUAUCGGGAUGUGAAUAUCAUGGAUAUGAUGGCAGAUAUGGCUGUCAAGGAUAUUUGACAAAGAGAUAUGAGAAUAUCAAGCAUAUGUUGGGAGAUAUGUGAAUAUCAAGAUAUGUUGACAGAUAUGUGAAUAUCAAGCAUAUGUUGACACAAAUAUGCUAAUAUCAGGAUAUGUCAACAGAUAUGUGAAUGUCAAGGAAUGUGAACAUACAGAACGGAAUACCAAGGAUAUUCAAAGAUACAGACAUGUAAAGCAUGAAUGUGGACAUCCUGAGAUGCCCAAAUAUCGGACCAGAACAUUCAGAAAUGUGAAUGUCAAGGUCGUGGCUAUCAUAAAUAUGAAGGAUCAAGGAUAUCAAGGAUCAAGGAUGUAUGUAACUCUAAAAACCAACUGCUUGUGGGAUUCUAAAACUUCCUUUAGUUCAAUGCAUGACAGUGAUGUUGAAGACGUCACAAACACUACCAAAAAUUGUUUCUGCAAUUCUUGUGCAAGUAGGACAAGUAGGACACAGUCAGCAUGAUCAGUUGAAGCCAAAAUAUGUCAUACAAGAAUCAGCCCUUUGUCAUAAUUGUUCUGUGUGUUUUUUAUACCGUAUUCCUUUGCUUAUUAAGAUUCAGGAUCUUUGCAUGCUUAGUCAUGAAUUUGCUUAGUGACGUUUUCUUACAGGUGAAUCAAGACCUUGCAAUUGUUGGUUAUACAAUGGGAAUUUUGUGUCAUCGUAUGAGAACCCUCAUUGUUUUUGCUGUAUUUGCAGACUUGAAAAACAGUCAUGCAUUGUUCAUCUGACUAAGCCAGUCUACAUCUCCUGAUAAUGCAGCUGAGUUAUGGACAUUAUGCUGACUUAACAGCAGUUCAGGUGGAACAGGUGCACAAGUCAUUUAAAGUAACCUCAAUUCUCUGUGCAGAGGACAAGAGAAAGUGUUUUCCCAGGAUCCAAAAAGGACCAGACAAGAGGAUUUCAAAAUGGGCACCAGUAUUCCAAAAGGGCAUGCAAUAACAGAUUUCCAAGUAUUAUGUUAAGUUAUUCAUGCAUAUGAUUCUUUAAGGCUCAAAGAGCAGAGUUAUUUCACUGAACUUCAACACAAAAUCGAAACUAAAUACCGCCAUGUGUUAAUAUCAAUUAUUGUAUUAGAAGAAGAGCAGGGCGCCAAAUAACAAGGGCAGGGCGCCAAAUAACAAGGGCAGGGCACCAAAUAAAGAGGACAGGAAAACAAAUAAAAUGGGUAGGGUGCCAAAUAAAAAGGGCAGGCUGCCAAAUAGAGAGG